ACUACCCAAUAGUAUACUGAAUAGUCUUAUAGUAUACUGAAAAUUGUUGCACAACGUGCAAUAGACUGGCUAUAACCUUAAACUCUAUAGUAGUAUUCAUAAAAAUAAGCAUUUUUUAGAGUCGAUUAAGACUUAAUAAUAAGAGAAAAUUUAUAAGAAUUCAAUCGUAAACAAUGCAUUAUAUUUACAAUUUUUAUUUUGUUUAAAUCUGUAAGCCUGUCAUUCGAAAAUUGUAGUGUAUAUUUAUUUAACAGAAAUAAAUAUAUUUUUUGUAUAUUUUAUUAAAUUUUUAUAAUGGCGAAAUCGCUAAUAAGAUUGUGUGCAUCUUUAAAUACAUUAUCGAAAACACCCAAGUAUUUUGGAUCAAUGAGAUUAUGUCACAGUGAAAACGAACACAAAGAAUUAACAGCUGUCAACAAUCAAACUGCAAGUGAAGCUAAAAAAUUGUUUGAUUUAUUCAAUAGUGACAGAAAUCCUAUCAAUCUAAUCACUAAUAUAGAAGAGAACAAAGAUAAAAUAGACGGACGUCAUGUCGUAGUAGCUUUAACUUCCAUGUAUAAAUUUUAUGAAAUGAAUAAGUAUCCUCUAGAAAAUGUGAUAUCUAGUCCACAGUUUACAAAAAUAUGUAAUCAUCUGAAUCGACAUAUCAGGACUUUGGAAAUGUCACAUAUAAUUCAAUCUCUGAAAAUAUUGAAUCUUUUUAGAGUUAAAAGUUCAAACACUAUAGUUCAAAAUCUUCUGCAGUUGAUAAGGACUUCUAUAAAUGAUUUACAUCCUAAUGAAAUAUAUUAUUUGACAUUUCUAUUGAAACGCAUGAAUCCAACCCAUUUGGGCAAUGCUAUAUAUACUGCAUUGCCUGAGGUAUUUGAAGCCAGGAUUAAAUCAAAACUUGAUGUAGAAGAUAUAGUAGAGUUGAGUAAUGCAUUAAAGUUUGCGUCUGAGCAUACUGAAGCCAAAGAAUUAAUUCAAUUUCUUGUACAAAAGAUUGAUGAGUACAAUGGACCAAUUGAUACAACAGUUUCAAUAAAAAUUUUUCGGUCAAUUUGUAGAAUCAAUCAAUUGACAAGCAGUUAUCAUAAAAUCCUGUUUAAAAUAAGAGAUGUUUUAUUACAGAAUGUGGAUAAUCUCAAUGAAGUUGAGGUAAAGCUCAUUAUAUUAGAGAUAUGCACACAAGUAUUAAAAGGGUAUGAUGAAUUUUACAACUCAUUACUUCUAGAUAUGCUUAUCAACCAAAUUGUCAAAAAUAAUUAUGGAAUGGAGUAUGGAAUUCAAGUUCUUGGCAAAAUUAAUCGUUUAAAUCAUAUCCAUUUGCCUUUACUUCAAUACUUGAUAUCUAAGAUUCAAAACAAUCCUUAUAUUUUUCUUAAGACUCCAAGAACUAUGAUAGUAUUUUUACAUGGGUUGGCUAAUUCAAAUUUUAAACCGUCUAAUUGGGAAAGUUUAAGAGAUAUAAUUUUCAAAAAUUAUGUAAGACUCCCUGAUCAUGUACCAAUGGCUUACCUUGCAUUACACAUAGCUUCAUUAGAUGAUUGUAAUUUUGAUAUGAUUAAACAUAUUUUCACAAUGGAUCAAAAUCUUGAUCGAUUAAAAUUUGAUUAUCACGAAACACUUUGUGAAUUGUAUCAAAUUGUUAAAACCUUGUAUCCAGAGUAUACAGGACCUUGGCCUUCCGAUGAGAUAUUAAAUUCAUUCAAAACUCUGCAAUUUCAGUAUGAUCCAAAGAGUUAUCCAUUAUUACCAGCAUUAAAUAAAUUGUUGGAAGAUCCCGUUUGUAUAAAAACGAACGUUCUUACAAGUUUAGGACAUCACAUUGAUCAUUUAGUAGUUUUACAAGAUGGUUCUCCCAUUCCUAUAGAAUCCAACACUAUGUCUGAAGAUUCAAAUUUCAGUUGUUUUGUUGAGGACCUCAAUAUUCCUAAAGACUGCUUAAAAGUAGCUAUUUGUUUAGUUCCCAUGGAAAUGUAUGGUAGGAAUAUUUUACAGCCGAAUGCAAAAAUCCGUAUGAAAGAAAAAACACUAAAAGCAAUGUCAUUCAAAGUAGUUUUUAUAAUGAAAAAUACGUGGAUAUCGAUGCCCGAUAUGGAAAGGAUCCCGUACUUGCGACAUAUAAUCGGCUUGAAGAAAAAAGAACCGAAAGACAAAAACACCGAAAUCGACUUGGGUGAACUAAUAAAAGUUAGUACGUGAAAUAUUUUCUAAUAUGUAUAUAAUAGUGACAUUGUUAUAUAUUUUCAAUUUGUUUUCUUCAUUGAUAUCGUUUAUGUAAUAAAUUGUAUAUGAUAUUAUAUAAGAAAAACUUACAAUUAGUUUAAUUUUUUUCGGAGGU